AUGUGUUUCGGCUCAAAAUCCAAACCCCGCUGGGAAGAAGACGUCGUCUUCGCCUCGCGCCCAAAGAAACGACACCACCACCACCAAUCCCACAGCACAUCCCGCACCCAAAUGACCGAAACAAUAAUCAAAACCCAACGCGCUCCCUCAGUCGAAUACGUGCGCCAACGCUCUCCCUCUCCUCCCCCAAGAAUGCUCACUCCUCCCCCCAAACCCUCCCCGCCACCACCAGCACCAGUCAUCAUCGUGCCGGCGGCCCCUUCUCCCCCGCCGCGCAUCGAACUCGUCUCCGUCGAAGAAGACCUCUAUAUACCCAAACCGCCGCGCUCGCACGCGAGCACCUCGCGGAGCUCGCAUACUAGACAUGGUUCGAGAGGCGGUGAGGAGGUGUAUAUCGAGCGUGAGCGGAUAAGAGAGCGAGCGGCGCCGAGCCCGCCGAGAGAGGAGUACGAGACGUUUAGAUAUGUGCCUGGCGUUGGGCCGGGGCGGCGGGAGAGGGAGAGUGUGGGGUAUGAGGGGGAGCGGACGACGAGGAGGGUUGUGGAGAGGGAGAGGGUGAGGGGGGAGGAGGGGAGGGGGAGUUAUGAUAGGCGGUAUUAG